UGUCACACCAGGACACCGUUAAGAGGAUUGCACUCGCUUCCUUUUGAACUGCUCCGGGAAGGGAUUAGACUUUCACUUGUCGACGAAAAAACGUAGAAAAUUAGUGCCUUUCACCGGAGCGGGUCCUGAAUACUGGAGACUCAUGACAAUCCAGCAGUGCAUAUGCCAGAUAUGUACCUGUGGGAAACAUCACUGCCCACAGCAGCCAAAUGUAGAGGAGAAUUUAGUCCCCACUGGCUGCCUACUCACUGAGUACCAGGAGAAUUUCCUCGCUCACUGUACCACAGCCACCUGUGCUGCUACAAAACCACAGAAUGAGUGGAAGCCACUGGAGGGAAAGAUGGAAAACACAACCACAUUCAGACGGGACUAUAUGCCUCAUAAAGUGACCAGAAGGUCUACCAGAGCAGCAAAGCUUUAUGUUCCUCCUGAUGGUACCAUGAUGUUGACCAGCACAUAUUCAGAGGACUACAAAAAACAUCCUGUACAGCAGCACAUGGUGAACAAGCAAACUAGGGAAUACUCCCCUCCAACUACCAAGAUGGUGGCUACGUCCCUAUACAAAGAGGAAUUUAAGCCAUGGUCUUUAGAGAGAUGCCAGCCCUUCAGAACCAAUGAUAACCUGACAGUGAAUCAAGACAAGUUUGUGACCACCACCAAGGGCCUUCCCACAGAGGUACCUAAACCCAUAAAGGCAAAAGAGGCUUGGGGGGGUAACUGUGCCCCGUUUCAGGCUACCACAGAGUUCCGUGACCAGUACAAACCCUGGUCCCUGCAACUAAAACAGGCACACAAAGUAGAGAAUUACAGACCUCCAGUAGGUAGUAUGGACUUCCUUUCAACUACACAUGCAGACUAUGUGCUGCAUGAGUACCAACAAGUUCAACAUGUUCGGCCACCUAUCAGUGCCUGGGAAAAGGACAAGGAACCAUUCCAGGGAAAGUCGGUCAUGAAAGAAGACUACAGGGCAUGGGACAUGGUAUGUCAACCACACAUGAAAGAGACGGUCAAGUCAUUAGGAGCCUCUGAAAAUACCUCCUUCAGAUCCCAGCAUAGACGCAAGUCUAAUACCUUCAUGCAUGUGCCUAUUCAGAAUGCACCAAGUCAUAGACCAAUGUCAAAGGACUCGUACAUAGGGAAGCCACUAGGACUCUGCCCUGCCAGUUUUGCAGAGCCACCAGGUUUUGAGUACACCUGCAGCAAAGCAGGACAUAGGCUAUAUCGCACCAUCUCAGUGGGAGAUGUUUCAUUGGCUCAAGAGAUAACAGGCAAAAGCUUGCCGCCUUCCCAGCGGCGAAAGGUCUGUCCAGGUAGGGCCAAAGACAGGAGAGCUCAUUAG